AGAACACAAGGGUUAUAAAGCUGAUUUUAUUUUCGAUUGCGACAAAGGUCGAUUCGUUUUGAAGAUCAGAGAGACCAUGUAUACUAUCACUGUUUUGGCUCUGGUUGGUUCUCUUCUCACGAUCCCCAGUGCGGCUCACAAAGGACAUGGAAAAUGUCUGCCUGGUGCUAAGCACAAGGAAUCCCCAUCUGCAGAAGAAAGCAUGGCAGCUUGUAAAUCUUACAAAGAUGCAUCAUGCUGCACCAGUGAUUUCACUAGACAGCUUGCCACCCCUCCGAUCAAGAAAGUCGGAAAUUUCUCGUGGACACCAUGCAACAAGACCUUGAGCACCAAAUGUGAAGCGUUCAUGGUGAUGGUGGAAUGUUUUUACCGCUGCUCACACAAUGCAUACUUCUGGAAGAAUCCUUAUUUUACAUCUGCAAUCACGAAAGCCCCCGUGUGUUCCGGUUUCUGCGAUGGCUGGUUCGACGCCUGCAAAGACGACCUAACCUGUGCUAAAAAUUGGAUCACGGACUUCAAGAUGGAGGCGGGAGUGAACAAUUGUAAACAACCGUGCAAGAACUUUAGCGAUUACUACGCUAAUGGUAAGGACCUUUGCGAGAGUAUGUGGGGAGCCAGCUUUGUCUACAAGAAAACCAAUUGCUUGCAGAUGAACUUCACGAGCCCCAACCCAAAUGACGCUUUGGUGGAAAAGCUGUCGAAAGAAAAACAAUUUUCGUCCAAAGUUCAUCCUACUGGUGAAUCCAGUGGUGCAGUUUUCUUCGCUACUAGUCUGGCGAUCGUUUGGAUUCCUUUGAUUGCCUUCUUUUACUAACUGAGAAAUGACUUUGACAUUUCCCUUGUGGCGUAACAUUUCGUCUUAAGAUGAUGAGUCCAAAUUCCUAGAACUUUUAUAGAUGAUCUUUGGAUUAUGUUUACCUCGUUUACUAGUUGAAAAAUCAUUUUGACAUUGCCUCAGCUGCCUAACAUUUCACCGUAGGUUCCGAGCUUUCUUAGCUGUUAGACAACAGGGAGGUUAAAUUAGAAACAUAAGUUAUUACUGAACUUUACACAGCACUUUUCUUGACAAUGAUCCGUAGUUUGUUUGCGUCUGUAUCUGUUUCCUUUUGAUAAAACUGUAUAUCAGUUUCGAUCUGAUGUUUAAAGGUUGUUCUGAAAUACAAAGAUUACCAUCUUUUGGCAACGCGUUUUAGAUUUAAAGAAGUUAGAAUGAAAAGUACACAGGAAAGUAAACGGUGGGUAGGUACCGGAUAAGUAAGUUAGCCGCGCGAAAGCAUGGUGAGACUUUUCACCGUCGGAUGAUGUAACGCCGUUCCAUGUGCUUUCCUCUUCUGAGAGAUUUGUACGCUUAGAACUUUUGGCUCGACUUUACUUCUUGCACUAGUUUUCAAUAUUUUACAAAUGUUUCCGUAACCUGAGAGUCUGAUGAAGUUAGAAUUUUGAUUUGCUCUGGAUCAAAUGUUAUGAAGAUUUCAGUUACUUAUAGUUAAUAAUAAACACUACUGGUUAAUGGAGA